GUGCCGCCCGCCGGGGAGCUGGUACGGCCCUCGGUGACAGAGCUGUCCCAAGUGCGGACCAACAUCCUGUGCACCGUGCCCGGCUGCGGGAAGGUGCUGCCCAACAGCCCGGCCCUCAACAUGCACCUCAGCAAGGCGCACCCGCUCCAGGAUGGAAAACUUAAUGCACCAAUAAGGAAGGGUUUGAAAACUUCACAGAAAUUCUACUGCUGUCCUAUUGAAGGCUGCCCUAGAGGACCAAACAGACCAUUUUCCCAAUUUUCUCUUGUAAAACAGCACUUUAUGAAAAUGCAUGCUGAGAAGAAGCACAAAUGUGAUAAAUGUAGUAACUCCUAUGGCACAGAAUGGUAUUUGAAACGGCAUAUAGAGGUCUGUGGCAAGACUUUCCAGUGUACUUGUGGGUGCCCUUAUGCCAGCAGAACAGCAUUACUGUCUCACAUUUACAGAACUGGCCAUGAAAUUCCUGCAGAACACAGGGAUCCUCCUAGUAAGAAAAGGAAAAUGGAGUCCUCCGUACAUAAUCAGCAGUUGGCAGAGAAAGCAAAUGAAGCAUUCAGCAAUACAGACAGUACUGCUCCUGGCACUCAGGAAUUGGAGUCCUCUGAAGUGAAAGUAGUGGCCUCUCUUGAAGGCUCCUGCAGUUCUAACUUCACGAACCAAAUGCAGCCAAAAUGUGCACCAAAGAUGCUUUUACCCAAGCCCAAGGUGGCUUUGGUUAAACUUCCAGUAAUGCAGGUUGCUCACUUGCCUGUGUAUGUAUCUGCAACAGACUCUUCUGUCAAACCUGCUGUAGUGGCUGUUGAUAAUCAAGGUUCAGUUGUAAGUACUGUUCAUUUAUUGCCUCAGUCUAUAGGAAUUCUGAUUCCAGCCCUGGAGGCAGAAACACUUGUAUUUAAAGACAGUAUGCCUGUCUCAAAAGUGACGACUUCUGGUGAUCGUGAACCAGUAAGUACUGGUGUACAAGUUGAAUUGGACAAGAUUACAUCAAGUAAUACAGGGCAAGAGCUGGGGAAUGCUUGUCACAAGAACAGAAUUUCUUCAAUAAAUAUACAGACUGACUUAUCUUAUAUCUCACAGAGCUUUGUACCAGCUGCAGCCUGGACUCCUAGUUCUUCUGUGUCCUCUUGUUCUCAGACAGAUCUGUCAUUCAGUUCCCAGGUUUCAUUACCCAUCAGUGUACAGACACAGACACUGCUGCCUGCUUCCAAACUGACUUCAUCCAUAGCUGCUCAGACUGAUGCUUUCAGUCAGGGCUGUUUUCCAACGUGUGGCAUUUCCAGAGAGACUCAAACCAGUAGGACACAAGACUGUAUUGAUGGAAGAGUACAGAUGGACCAGGCUGUAAUGUGCAGUGACAUUUUUGACAAUGUUCCUUCAUCAUAUAAUGUUUCUACUCACAUUGAACUUCCAGAAAACAAUUUAAUGCCUGCAAAUAUAGAUCAAACCUUGCUGCAAAGAAGCAGUUGCAAGAGCCUCAAUCAGGAUACAGUUAAGUCUGAAUCCCUUAUCAGCUUCAAUACACAGACUAAUAUACUUCCACCUCAAAAUACAACAGAUAAUCAAACCCAGACAAUGGACCUGCUAAGUGAUUUGGAAAACAUCUUUUCAGGAAACAUGUCUGGACAGACACUGGAUAAUCGUGGCCUUUUGUCUGAGACGAGUUCUAAUGCUGACACACAUCUUCCAUCUGGCCCGUCACAGAGCACAGGGAUAGACUUCGACAUUGAAGAGUUCUUUUCAGCAUCCAACAUCCAAACUCAGACUGAGGAGAGUGAGCUUGGUACGCUGAACUCUGAGCCAGUUUUGGAGUCACUGGACAUUGAAACUCAGACUGAUUUCUUAUUUUCAGAUAGUGCCACUCAAUCAUAUAACUGCCGAGGCAAUUCUAACUUCUUAGGUUUGGAGAUGUUUGAUACACAGACGCAGACUGACUUGAAUUUCUUUUUGGACAGUACUACCCAUCUGCCUUUAGGAAGUAUUCUGAAACAGUCCAGUUUCUCAAUGAGCACUGAUUCAUCUGAUACAGAAACCCAGACAGAGGUAUAUAUGGCUACUAAGAAUACACCUACUCAGAAUAUUGAAAGCAAAGUCCAGCUCAGUAGUGCUGAGACGCAGACUAUGGAUAGCUGCUUUGAGAAUCUGGGGAGUUUAUUCCUUACCAGCAAUGAAACACAGACAGCAAUGGAUGACUUCCUUCUGGCUGACUUAGCCUGGAAUACAAUGGAGUCCCAGUUCAGUUCAGUAGAAACACAGACCUGUGAAGAGCUGUGCUCCUUGUUCCAGAGCUCUGACAAGCCCAGCCACUGAGUGCUACGUAAUGUAACUGUUUCUUGUGGUUUGAAUUUAACUUAUUGGGGUGGGAGAGAUGGCUUUACCACUUAGCUUUAUUGAAUGUACUUGUCAUGAGCAGUUGACCUAAGAGACUUUUCAUGCUGAAGGUACUCUAUUGAAUAUGUAACUUUACAUAAACAAUGUGUGUAUAAAUAGAAGGGGAAAGGGGGGCUGUAACAUGUUAAUGUACAUUUGAACCUUAAAAAAUUAUGUGGUGCCUAUGUUUUUUCCUCAGACUUCUUUACAAAGCUGUUACUGCUUUCAUCUAAGUGGAAGAACUUCUAAAGUUGUUCUCUCUAUCUCUCUCUGUUCCUGGCUUACAUGCAGGGUUCUAAUAUGCUGGACCAAAACCCUGACCUGUUCAAAUUAAGAUGCUUCCCUGAACUUAUGGGGGAGGAUUCUAUUAGUGUAAGCUACUUCUGUUUACUUUUUUUAGUAGCUUGUAUUUUAAAUCCGGCAUGAACAUAAUCAGCCGUAUUGUCUUCUUUUACUUUAUGCCUUCACAGCUUUCUCCUGCAUAAGCUGACAUUUUCCAAAUACCUGUCCAACACAUUAAACACACAGAGGUUCUUGAAGUGUUGAAAAUAUUUAUUAUUAAAAAUGUGUGUAGAAAGCAGUAUUUUUUUUGCCCUGAGUGGCACUAAUGCUCUUCAAAGGGUAGGAAAAGAACUUGGAACUUGUUAUUGUAGGGAAGAUUAGUAUGUCGUCCUUUUAACUAGUGUAAUAAAUGGGACUAACAUUUUUGAGUCUUCAGAAGGGAUUUACUUAAAUUAUUUCUGUCUGUAAGAUGCAAAUGUUACAAUGUGUGUGCCUCAGAGACUGGAAUAAUUUGGUUUUGCUGAAAUUCUCCAAGCUUUAUUGAGAUAUGAGUUGAGAAAUGUUACAGUGGUUUAAAA